UGUGCUUUGCCAGUCAUAGGUCACUAUAAAAUCCCAGGGUAAGUUGAGUUCUUCCCUGGUUCACACAAAACAAACAGAAGAUCAAGUUCCAUCAUGGUGCACAAAGUAGCAGUGAUUGGCGCUGGCUCUGCUGGUCUGGCUGCCACAAAGAUCUGCCUGGAUGAAGGAAUGUUGCCAACCUGCUUUGAAGCUAUUGAUGACCUUGGUGGCGUAUGGAAGUUCAAGGAAAUGCCAGAGCCCAGCAGAGCCAGUAUCUACCGGUCCCUGUCCAUAAAUGUUUCCAAGGAGAUGAUGUCCUACAGCGAUUUCCCGGCUCCUGUUGAUUUUCCCAACUAUAUGCAUCACUCAAAAAUCCUCAGUUACUACAAAAUGUAUGCUGAACACUUCAACCUGAUGCCACACAUUCGCUUCCAGAUGAGAGUUAAGAGCGUCAAACAGAGACCAGACUUUUCUCGCACUGGCCAAUGGGAAGUGGUGACAGAGAAUAAAGAUGGAGAAGAGGAGAAACAUGUCUUUGAUGCAGUUAUCUGCUGCUCUGGUCACUACACCUACCCCAACAUACCGCUGAAAGAUUUCCCAGGAAUUGAGACUUUUGAUGGAGAGUACUUUCACAGCUGGGAGUACAAGGGCCCUGAGAACAUGAUCGGAAAGAGGGUGGUGGUCAUUGGCAUCGGUAACUCAGGGGGUGACAUUGCUGUGGAGUGCAGCAGAGUUGCAGAGAAGGUAUAUGUGAGCAGUCGCAGUGGCGGGUGGGUCGUCAGUCGGGUGUCUCACUAUGGUCUGCCAUUUGAUGUCCAUUACAUCACACGCUUCAUACACAUCCUGUUCCAGCUGCUGCCAGCAGACUGGGUUAACCGCAUUGCAGAGAACCAAAUCAAUGGUGUGUUUGACCACAACAUGUACGGCCUCACACCCAAACACAGGUUCUUCAGUCAGAUUCCAAUAGUCAACGAUGAACUGCCUUUAAAGCUGUUGACUGGGGCUGUCACUGUGAAACCAAAUGUGAAGGAGAUUCAUGGUUCCACAGUGGUAUUUGAAGAUGGCACUGUGGUGGAAAAGGUGGAUACUAUUGUCUUUGCCACAGGAUACAACUAUGAUUUUCCUUACUUGCCAAAUGAUGUUCUGUACAAAACUGGCUACCGCAUUGGUUUGUACAAGCACGUUUUUCCAGCCAACCUGGAGCAUCCUACUCUGGCUGUUGUGGGUUUCAUCCAUGCACUUGGUGCCAUCAUGGUUAUGUCUGAGAUGCAGGCCCGCUGGGUGACACAAGUCUUCAAAGGACGUUUAAAGCUACCCUCAAAGAAGGCCAUGAUGAAAGAAAUUGAGAGAGACACCAAGGGGAUGGAGAAAAGCUUUGUGGUGUCAAAGCUGUCACCCCUCCAAGUCGACUUUGCUGGUUACAUGGAUGACUUGGCUGGAGCCAUUGGAGCACGGCCAAGUCUUCUCUGGCUCUUCCUCACAGACUUUCCACUGUUUAAGCAAAUCGUGUGGGGGCCACUCACAGCCUAUCAGUAUCGCUUGGUGGGACCAGGAAAAUGGGAUGGAGCCCGUAGGGCAAUCCUCACCCAGUUAAGCCGAAUUUACCAGCCUCUGAAAACAAGACAGCCAUCAGUACAAGAAAAGACUUCCAUCAUUGGCCGCCGCAUAAAGUUGACUUUGACCAUCAUGGUUGGAGGAGCUGUUGUUUACUACAUCUAUGUGCACAACCCAACUGCCAUCCGGACCCUGAUGGACCGCUUCCUCCCUCAGACUGUCUGAACACAUUGCAGCAUUUAAAAUAUGAAGAGAACUCAAAACUUUCCUUAUAGUUACACCAUAUCUACCUUUGUAGAUCACUUUAGAAAUCUCCUUGAUCACAGUUAGAGUAUAUAGAGUGCAAUUAUGAUUGUAAUCACACUGCCAAAGCCGCUCAUAAUGCACAAUGUGGAGUAAGCAAUGUUUCUCACAUUUAAAUAUAAAUUUGUCAUAUGGCUUUACAUUUAGGCAGCACAGUGGUUUAGUGGUUAGCAUUGUUGCCUCACAGUGAGAAGGUCCCAGAUUCGCUUCUGACCUGUUCCUUAUUUUGUGGAUUUUGCAUGGGUUCCCUCUGGCUGCUCCAGCUUCCAGAAACAGCUCAAGGAUGAUCAGUGGAAA